AUGGCGCAGCAGGGCGAAGCCGGCGCGUACUACAAUCAGCCAUACCAGCAACAACAACCUCAAGGUUAUGCGCAAUACCAGCCACCCACCGGACCUCCUCAGAAUUACCAACAAUUCCAACAAGGUCCUGCACAACCUUUUCCUCCGAUGCAGCAGGGACCGUAUGAUGGAAAGCAGAUUGGGCAACAAAAUCCUCCUAUGUAUGGCGAAAGUUUCGUUCCACCCAUGGAUGACAAGCAAACCUUUCAAGACACAUUCAAGAUUCAGAAGCCGAAAUGGAAUGAUCUGUGGGCUGGACUGCUCUUAUUAGCAACUUUUUUCGGCUUCGUUGCUGUCUCGGGCCUAUCACUGUACCGUUACUCGCGCUAUCAAGGGUUCAACGGAGGAGGCAUAUAUGGCGCAGGCAACGACUUCUCUUUGAACACAAACACCCUGGUACUGUUUAUAUUCGUCAUCGUUGUCGCGUUCGUAUUGUCGUGGGCGUACUUCCUCCUCGCAAGGGCGUUCACCAAACAAUUCAUCUGGAUAACUGGUAUUCUCAACUGUGUCAUUGCUGUCGGCACUGCGGUAUACUACCUUUAUCGACGACUCUGGGGCGCGGGUAUUGUUUUUGCCAUCUUCGCCGUGUUCGCAAUCUUCUGCUUUAUUUCAUGGAUACCACGUAUACCUUUCGCAGUGGUUAUGCUUCAACAGGCGCAAGACGUCGCGCGAAUGAAAAGAGUACAUGUCUUCAUGGUCAGCUUCGUUGGUGGACUAGUUGCCACGGUAUUCGCCGCAUGGUUUUCUAUUACCUUGGUUGGUAUUUAUACAGCUUAUAUGCCUUCUAAUGCCAAUGCGACAUCCAACCCCGCCUGCACCCAAUUGGGCGGCUGCAGCAGUGGCAAGGUCAUUGGUUUGGUUGUAUUCGUGACGUUCGCUGCUUACUGGAUCUCCGAAUGGAUUAAAAAUACAGUACAUACUGUUAUUGCUGGAGUGUACGGUUCGUGGUACUUCUGCGCUGGAAAGCCUGGUGGUAUUCCGAGAGGUGCCACGAUGGGCUCGUUCAAGAGGGCAACCACCUACUCCUUCGGCUCGAUCUCUCUUGGAAGUCUUGUCGUUGCCCUAAUCAACAUGCUUCGACAAGCUUGCAGUAUUGCUCAAAAUCAGUCUGCACAAGACGGUAACAUCAUUGGGACAAUCUUUUUCUGUAUCUUAGGUUGUUUGAUCGGUAUCUUGAAUUGGCUGGUGGAAUUCCUGAACAGAUACGCAUUCUCACAUAUCGCCCUCUAUGGGAAAGCAUACAUUCCUGCUGCGAAGGACACCUGGAGGAUGAUGAAGGAUCGAGGCCUUGAUGCGCUUAUCAACGACUGCCUGACUGGACCUGUACUGAGCAUGGGUAGUAUCUUUGUGGCGUAUGUUUGUGCACUGCUGUCCUACCUCUACCUUGAGUUCACACACCCGGCAUACAACGAAAGCAGGACAUUCACUCCAGUCAUCAUGGCGUUUUCAUUUUUGAUCGGGUUGCAAAUUUGUCAGAUCUUCAUGACUCCUAUCAGUUCCGGCAUAGACACUAUUUUCGUAGCGAUGGGUUGGGAUCCUGAUGUCGCGGUGCGGGAGCAUCCAGAAUUCUGGCAGAAACUAGUUCAAGUGUACCCUCAUGUUCAAGAUGUCAUUCAUGCCUAA